GGCGCAGACGGCUAAUAAAGUUUUUAGAGGCUGCCAUCAAUAUGCCAACCCAGUAAAACCAAAAGCUGGUCAGUUUUCAAGGUCUGGGGGAGAAUAUCCACUGCUUACUGGGUGUUGAGCUCAAGAGAACCAGCCCUCACUAAAAGAAGCGUUACCUUACCCACCACCUUUGUUCACGGCUCAAUGGAGUUUGCGACAGCCUUGGCAGACCUCCAAGCAGAGGCUAGCUGUCCCAUCUGUCUGGACUACUUGAAAGACCCAGUGACUAUCAACUGUGGACAUAACUUCUGUCUCUCCUGCAUAAUUAUGUCCUGGAAGGAUCUACAUGAUAGUUUCCCCUGCCCUUUUUGCCAGUUUUGCUGUCCAGAAAGGAAAUUCACGAGCAAUCCCCAGCUGGGUAAUUUGACUGAAAUUGCUAAACUACUCCAAGUACGAAGAAGCAAGAGGAAGAGGCGUGAAGAGAAACUCGUAUGUGAGAUGCACAAUCAGAUUCUGACCGUUUUCUGUCAGAGGGACCUAAAGGUUUUAUGUCCUCAGUGCAGUUUCUCCACUGAUCACCAGCAUCACUAUGUUUGGCCCAUAGAAAAGGCUGCCCCCUAUCAUAGGAAAAAACUGGAGCACAACAUUAAACUAUGGAAGGAAAGAGUGGAACAAGUUGAAAAAGUGAUAACUAUGCAAACCAGAAAAUCAAUGGAACUGAAGAAAAAGGUAAAACAUAGGAGAGAAGAAGUAAAGUCUGAAUUUGAGCAACUUACAUUAUUUCUCCAAAAUGAGCAAGAGGCUGUUCUUAGGCAAUUACAAGAUGAAGAGAUGGAUACUUUAGCAAAACUAAAUGAAAACCUAACAAAAUUUUUAAAUCAUGCCUCCUCAUUAAAAUAUCUAUUAAAGGAGAUAGAGAACAAAUAUGUGAAGUCAGAACUGGAAUUACUGGCAAGUGUUAAGAAUAUCUACCACAGAUAUAAAAACUUAAAAUGCCCUGAACUUUUUUCAUUCAAAUUAAAAGAAUAUGGUUACCGUCUUCCUCCACAAUAUUCUGGCCUAAACAAAAUUAUGAAGGUAUUUCAAGUAGAUGUAAUUCUAGAUCCUGAAACAGCACAUCGUAAACUUAUCGUCUCAGAAGAUAGAAGAACUGUGCAAUAUGGAAAUACAAAGCAAAACUUACCUCAUAAUCCAAAGAGAUUUUAUCUCUGCCCACCUGUCCUGGGUACUAAGGGAUAUAAUUCUGACAGGCAGUACUGGGAGGUAGAAGUCAAAGAUAAGCCUGAAUGGAUCAUGGGUGUCUGUAAAGAGUCUCUUCCCAGAAGGAGGAAGAGACAUAAUCAAUCAAUUUUAGUACAGGAUGGAUUAUGGGGAAUUGGGCAAUGUGGUCAGAAUAAUUAUAUUGCAUUGGGUCCUAAGAAAAUUAAUCUUCUGCCAAAAGUAAUACCUAGUAAGAUUGGCAUUUUUUUAGACUCUGAAAUGAGCGAGGUUUCCUUUUACAAUAUGAAUGAUAGAUCUCUUCUUUAUACUUUUAAUGAUUGUUUUGCAGGAGCACUUUGGCCUUAUUUCAAUACUGGAAAUGACUCAAAACCUCUUAAAAUCUGUACAUUAACAGAUUCUGAAUGA